AUUCACUUCUCUCGAUCAUCCCGUCUCUCCAGGGCGGUCAAGAUGUCUGUCGACGAGAAAAAGGUGCACAAUGAAAAGGUCGAGGAGCAGUCUCAGGUCUCCAGCGAGGUCGAGGAGUUCGACCCGAAUCUCCAUGAUCCUCGUGAGGCCAGUCUUCACCGUGGCCUUAAGGCUCGGCAGAUUUCGAUGAUAGCUCUCGGAGGUGCUGUUGGCACAGGUCUUAUCAUCGGGUCUGGGACUGCUCUGCGACGAGGUGGACCCCUGGGUUUGCUCUUAGGUUACGCCUAUGUUGGAUUCGUUUGCUAUCUUGUCAUGGUUUCUCUUGGUGAAAUGGCCGCCUACUUGCCCCACAAGAAGGGUUUUGCUGGAUAUGCCACUCGGUUUGUUGACCCCGCCCUCGGCUUCGCACUCGGCUGGAACUACCUACUCAAAUACCUAAUCGUCACCCCGAACAAUAUCAAUGCUGCUGGUGUCGUAGUUCAAUAUUGGCCCAACGGGAGGGAAGUACAUAUUGCGAUAUGGAUGGUGAUUUUCAUUGCCGCAAUCUUUGUUGUCAAUUUCCUCGGUGUUAGAGUCUUCGGUGAACUGGAAUUCUGGCUAUCAUCUGCCAAGAUCCUUGCUCUCAUUGGAAUGUUGCUCUUCGGUAUCAUAAUUGACUUGGGAGGCAAUCCACAGAAAGACCGAAUUGGAUUCCGAUACUGGAAGGCGCCUAACGGGCCUAUGGGCAAAUAUCUACUUGACCAAGUCAAAAACACAUCCCUAUCUAUCUUCCUUGGCUUCUGGGCAACAUUAACGAACGCUCUCUUUGCAUAUAUGGGUACUGAGCUUAUCGGUGUCACCGUGGGAGAGGCCCAAAAUCCUCGUCGAAAUAUCCCCAUUGCAAUUCGAAGGACCUUCUUCCGAAUUCUCGUCUUCUAUGUCGGGGGAGUCUUUGUUAUUGGCCUCAUUGUCCCCAGUACCGACGAGUCCCUCUUCAUUGCCACUCAGUCGAAGACUGGUGCUGCUGCCAGCCCUUUCGUUGUUGCGGCUGGUCUCGUCGGUAUUUCCGCCCUUCGCCAUGUCAUCAACGGAGCCAUUCUCAUCUUCGUCAUGAGUGCCGCCAACUCUGAUCUUUACAUUGGUUCGCGAACGCUGUACGGCCUGGCCAUCGAAGGGAAGGCACCUGCAGUCUUCAAGAUAGUCAACAAGAUGGGUGUGCCCUGGCCCUCUUUGCUUUUCUGCACCGCUUGGUGUGGCCUCGUGUUCCUCAACGUAGCGUCCACCGGUUCGAAAGUCUUCGGUUGGUUCGUUAACUUGGUGUCCACGUUUGGUGCCUUGACUUGGCUCUGCAUUCUCUACUCUCACAUGCAAUUCAUGAAAGCGCUCAAGGCACAAGGAAUUUCACGAGACACCCUUCCUUAUAAGGCACCAUUCCAACCUUGGGGGAAUUGGUUUGCAUUCGUCUCCACCCUGGUCAUCACCUUUUUCAAAGGAUUCGAUACCUUCAUCCCUUUCAACACAGCCAACUUUAUCACGAGCUACAUCGCGAUCCCAGUAUUCUUCAUGAUGUGGUUUGGAUACAAAUACCUAAUGAAGACCAAAGUCGUCAGACCCGCUGACAUCGACCUCGUCACUGGUCUCCGUGCUAUUGACGAGGAAGAACAGAGAUACCUCGCUGAGCAAGCAGCGAAAGGUCCACGUACCAGAUGGCAGCGCAUCUGGGACGCUUUGUAG